AUGGCAACGUCAGCCGCAACCAAGCGCCUUACUAAGGAAUACAAAUCCAUCUCCGCCAACCCACCCCCCUACAUCACCGCCCACCCUUCCGAAACCAACAUCCUCGAGUGGCACUACAUCCUGACGGGCCCGCCCUCGACGCCCUACGAAAACGGCCAGUACUGGGGCACGCUGAUAUUCCCGCCGGACUACCCCUUCGCGCCGCCCGCAAUCCGCAUGCACACGCCCUCUGGCCGCUUCCAGCCCUCGACCCGGCUCUGUCUCAGCAUCAGCGACUUCCACCCUAAGAGCUUCAACCCGGCCUGGGAGGUCAGCACCAUCCUGCUCGGGCUGCAGAGCUUCAUGACGAGCGAGGAGAUGACGACGGGGUCGGUGCGGGCGUCGGAUGCGGAGCGGAGGCUGUUUGCCCAGCGGACGCGUUGGUGGAAUAGCACGGGUGGUGGGACGAGCCAGCGAAGCAUUGCGGGUGUGAGCAGCAGCAAUAGCAGGGGGAUUGGUGCGAUCAAGGCGGGGGAUGGCGGGGUCAAGUUUAAGGCGGAGUGGCCGGAGCUAGACGAGGAGAACUGGAAGUGGAUGAAAGAGAAGAGGAUCGAUCCGGCGACUGGGCUGGUGGUGCCAGAGGCCGAUGCUGCUGCGGGGCAUGGAUCGUGUUUGCCGGAGGCGGCGGCAUUGAGGAGAAGACCUGGAGGAAGUCAAACGGGGCUGGGCGUGGUGGUCGAGGGCGGACAGGUUGCGAGAGUGGCGGGACAGAGCUGGGUGAGCAGGAACAAGUAUCUGCUGGGUGUCGCGGUGCUCUUCGGGUACGUCAUCAUCGCGAGGCUGUUGGGCGAAGGGAGCAGCACUGCAACAUAA